UCAGGUUGAGGCUGAUUAACCCUCGCAUGAAGAAUGACACGACUAUCUAAGAAUAAGUUACCUGUAGUGUGGUUUUAAACGCCUACAAUUUUGCCCUAUUAAGACUGCAGCUUUUAUGACCCGGAUUUUGAAAUGUGGUGACAAACUGGCAAAGAGAGAAUGGAGAUGAAGCCGAGGAGGGGUGGGGGGCUCUCGUGAUCUCACUGAAGAGAGAAAAAAACGCCCGCUCGAGCGAUACAAACUCAACUAUCACAGCCAAGGACCACGCGGCACAGAAGACCGAGCAAGGCACGCGAUAUGUCUCGCAGAUUCAGUGUGUUUUGAUCUCUCUCCAGGUGUGUUUGGAUAUGCUCAGGGCGCUGUGUUCCCAAAUCAUGGUCACUGGGUUAAACGUGGGUAUACUGAGAGACAGCCAACAUUCCUGCGCUACUGCCAGGAGCGGAUAGUAUGCCCGCACAGCUGGCACCACUCACACGAUGUGGAAUAUGGCAGACGUAAAGAUGGCUUUCCUCAUGCUCCUGUGUCUCCCGACGCUAUUCUUCGAUGUACUAGUGCUGUCCCACAAAAGCAACAUCUUUGAGCGGUCGGCUGUUCCGAGAGCCGCGCCCCGCUCUGUGGCCCGGAUGGAUGGAGACGUGAUAAUCGGGGCCCUCUUCUCCGUCCACCACCAGCCGUCCGCCGAGAAAGUGGCCGACCGAAAGUGCGGGGAUGUCCGGGAGCAGUAUGGCAUCCAGCGGGUGGAGGCCAUGUUCCACACCUUGGACCGGAUCAACGGCGAUCGUUUCCUGCUCCCCAACAUCAGCCUGGGCUGUGAGAUCCGGGAUUCCUGCUGGCACUCUUCCGUGGCUCUGGAGCAGAGCAUCGAGUUCAUCCGGGAUUCCCUCAUCUCCAUUCGGGACGACAAGGAUGGCUCCAAGUGGUGCAUCGAUGGGACGCCAUCUAACCAGCCCCCGCCCUCCAAGAAGCCCAUCGCCGGGGUGAUCGGGCCGGGCUCAAGCUCCGUUGCUAUCCAGGUGCAGAACCUGCUGCAGCUCUUCAACAUCCCCCAGAUCGCCUAUUCUGCGACCAGUAUCGACCUGAGUGACAAGACACUCUUUAAGUACUUCCUGCGGGUCGUGCCCUCUGACACGCUCCAGGCCCGGGCCAUGCUGGACAUAGUCAAGCGCUACAACUGGACCUAUGUGUCUGCGGUGCACACGGAGGGAAACUAUGGGGAGAGUGGCAUGGAGGCCUUCAAGGAGCUGGCCUCCCAGGAGGGUCUGUGCAUCGCCCACUCGGACAAAAUCUACAGCAACGCCGGGGAGAAGCACUUUGACCGCCUGCUUAAGAAACUCCGUGAACGUCUGCCCAAGGCCCGCGUGGUGGUGUGUUUCUGCGAGGGCAUGACUGUGCGCAGCCUCCUCAUGGCCAUGAGACGUCUGGGUGUGGCUGGAGGAGAGUUCCUCCUCAUUGGCAGUGAUGGAUGGGCAGAUCGAGAUGAGGUGGUGGAGGGGUACGAACAGGAAGCAGAAGGUGGGAUCACCAUGAAGCUGCAGUCAGAGGAAGUGAAGUCAUUUGAUGACUACUUCCUGAAGCUGCGUUUGGACACCAACACACGGAACCCAUGGUUCCCAGAGUUCUGGCAGUACCGCUUCCAGUGCCGGCUGGCCGGACAUCCACAGGAGAUUAAGAAAUACAAGAAAGUCUGCUCCGGCAAUGAGAGUCUUCAUGAGAACUACGUCCAGGACAGUAAGAUGGGAUUCGUCAUCAAUGCUAUCUAUGCCAUGGCCCACGGCCUCCAUGACAUGCACAGUGAGCUGUGCCCUGGCCAGCCAGGCCUGUGUGAGGCCAUGGACCCCAUUGACGGCAGCAAGCUGCUGGAGUACCUGCUCAAGACCACCUUCAGAGGGGUGUCAGGGGAGGAUGUGUACUUCGACGAGAACGGGGACACUCCUGGCAGGUAUGACAUCAUGAACCUGCAGAGUGUGGGUGACGGUAGCUAUGACUACCAGCAGGUGGGCUCGUGGCACGAGGGCAUCCUGAACAUCGAUGACUGGAAGCUGUGGAUGAACAACAGCGACAUGGUCCGCUCCGUCUGCAGCGAGCCCUGCUCCAGGGGACAGAUCAAGGUUAUCAGGAAGGGCGAGGUGAGCUGCUGCUGGAUCUGCACCACCUGUAAGGACAAUGAGAUCGUCCGGGAUGAGUUCACCUGUCAGGCCUGUGACCUGGGCUGGUGGCCCGAUGACGAGCUGGAAGGUUGUGUGCCCCUGCCUCUGAAGUACCUUGACUGGUCAGAUGUGGAGUCCAUUGUGGCAGUGUGUUUGUCCUGCGUGGGCAUCCUGGUCACCCUCUGGGUCACCUUAAUCUUCAUGCUGUACCGCGACACACCCGUGGUCAAGUCGUCCAGCCGUGAGCUGUGUUACAUCAUCCUGGUGGGUGUCUUACUGGGAUACAUCUGCCCCUUCACCCUGAUCGCCUAUCCCACCGUGACCUCCUGCUACCUGCAGCGCCUCCUAGUGGGUCUCUCGGCUGCCAUGUGCUACUCCGCCCUGGUCACCAAAACCAACCGCAUCGCCCGCAUCCUGGCCGGCAGCAAGAAGAAGAUUUGCACCAAGAAGCCCCACUUCAUGUCGGCCUGGGCCCAAGUAGUCAUCUCCUUCUUCCUCAUCAGCCUGCAGCUCAUCUUGGAGAUAACCCUGAUCAUCCUGGAGCCGCCCAUGCCCAUCAAGUACUACCCCAGCAUCCGCGAGGUCUACCUCAUCUGCAACACCAGCACGGUGGGCAUGGUGGCGCCGCUGGGCUACAAUGGCCUGCUCAUUAUGAGCUGCACCUACUACGCCUUCAAGACGCGCAACGUUCCGGCCAACUUCAACGAGGCAAAGUACAUCGCCUUCACCAUGUACACCACCUGUAUCAUCUGGUUGGCCUUCGUGCCCAUCUACUUCGGCUCCAACUACAAGAUCAUCACCACAUCCUUCUCCGUGAGCCUGAGCGUCACCGUGGCGCUGGGGUGCAUGUUCUCGCCCAAGAUGUACAUCAUCAUCGCCAAGCCGGAGAGGAACGUGAGGAGCGCAUUCACCACGUCCGAUGUAGUCAGGAUGCAUGUGGGAGACGGCAAGGCGGCUCAGCAGAGCAAGAGCAUUCUCAACAUGUUCCGUAGGAAGAAAAACGGAAACGGAAGCACCAAUUCUAAUGGCAAGUCUGUGUCAUGGUCUGAACCAGGUGCAAGACACCCUCAGAGGGGGGGGAAUGUGUGGCACAGACUGUCUGUGCAUGUGAGGAAACAGGAAGCCGGCUCGAAUCAGACGGCGGUCAUCAGGCCCCUAACUAACGCCCCCGUCGACCCCCACAGCUGUGACCCACACCACCAACACCACAGUCCUGGCACAGACUCCCACCUACCCCACCCCGGCACCAAGGCUCUGUACAACCUGGCGGAGGAGGAGGACGAAGGGGGGGAAGCACGCCCUCUCUGGACUCCCCCCCACUCCCACUCUGGAACGCUCCACGGGAAGGACUCGGAGGAGCCACCCUCUUAUUCUCACUUAACGCACUGUACCACCGAGCGCUUGCAGGGGGUGAUGGUGGACACGCACAGCUCCAAUAUCCUUGGAUUUAACGACACAAUGGGUGCCUCCGGCAUCCAGGCCAGCUCCACCAACCAACCCCUAGGCUUCACCUUCUCUCAGCUUUCCUGUCCUCUGCAAGGUGGGGUUUCUUUUGGAGAGGAUGACCUCAUCUCGCCCCUGGAGGGGGCUGAGGGGGAGGCAUUGGACCUCCUACACAGCUACACAGAGGAGGAUGAUGAGGAGGAGGGAGAAGAGGAGCUGGCUCAGAGUAAGCUGACCCUGGAGGACUCCUUGGCUCUGUCUCCGCCCUCCCCCUUCAGGGACUCAGUGUAUUCUGCCGGGUCGGUUCCCGGCUCCCCCAUCUCUGAGUUGGUCCUCUGCAGCCCCCCGAGCUCUGCCUACUCCUCCGUCAUCCUCCAGGAUUUCAGACGGAGCUCCUCGACACUGUGAGAGCCACCAGGCACUGACACACACACGCACACACACACACACACA